AGCCUCUUGAUUGUAAGCUCUUCCGAUCAAACCCUGGCGCGACCCCGUUAGUUUGGAGUCUCAUUCGUGGUCGAAUCAAGUAUUAAAUAUCAUCCAGCCAGGAGUUUGCAAAAUAAGUUUUAUUUGGUUGAAACACAGUCGAUGUAUUAUUAGGUACGCCCUAUAUUUGAAUAUUUUUGUUGGCUUCAGCCGGAGCAAGACUAAAAUCUAACGUCAGACUCGUACUCGCUACCCAUUUCAGAGAUGCUUCUACGGCCCACUAGGCACCGCUCUGUGUUCUACCCCGACAGAUCCGGCUUUGAGUGACGAUCGAGUCCGGUCCAGUAUCCGGAAGGCCUACAUGUACACGUACACGUAGCUUCGACUGUAAAGUAUAUUUUGCAAUUUAUCGAGUAGUUUACUGAGCUGAGCUGAGCUGUGAGUGGGAUUGCAUGCAAUUUUGGAUUUCUUUUAACAUUUAGACAUUUCACGUAAUACUUGUUCUGAAUGAACAGCCGUCAAUCAUGAGUGGAGAAAGUCGACAUGAUGAUUCCAGUGACGUUGUCGAGCGAUCUGGCAGACGGUGUGGCAAGUUCGCAGUGGCAGACUUCAAAUUGACAUGCAACAAAAUAAGUGAUGUCAGUUGCUGCCAGGAUGGCAUGCCAUUCUUCAUCUAUUGCUUCUACCGCUUCUUGGUUGGCGGCUAUUUCUUUGGGUUCCUCAUCUUCUUCAUAGUUUUCAGCAUUCAAGGGGUCUUCGGCGUCAAAUUCCUCAUCUACCUGACCAACUGGACGUACAUGCUUGUGACCGUCUAUCUCUGCACUGCUAGCAUCAACGUUCUUCUGAAUUUCGUCUUGGAUCACAGAGGAUUAGAUGGUUCACAUGAUGGAUUUCACAGAAUCCGUAAUCAGUUGCAGUGGCUCCUCUUCAACAUUGCCAUCACGUCCUCCAUCAUCGUCACCCUGGUCUACUGGCCUAUCCUCCGCCCCAUGAUACCGGAGGACAUGAAACCACCCCUCUACCUGGACAUGAGCAUCCAUCUUUUCACCAGCAUCUUCUGUCUCCUUGACCUCUUCAUCACCAAGGUAACCAUCAAGUUCCACCAUGUCAUCUACCCUGCCCUCUACCUCAUCGUCUAUGGCCUCUUCGCCAUCUUCUACUGGGUCGCGGGAGGGACGGAUCCGUACGGUGACCUGUACAUCUACCCCAUCAUCGAUUUUGAGAAUGCACCGGGCAUCGCCGCGGCAACUAUGAUUGGGAUUGUCGUAGCGGUAUUCCUUGCGCAUGGGUUCUUGAAGCUGCUGUAUUACUUACGAGUUAGAUUUGUAGACAGGCGUGUUGAGACUUCAGUGGAAGAAGAGAGGGCCCGUCUAAAUCCUCAAGGGCACAGCUUUUAUAAUGGUGAAGUAAUUUAGAAAUGUUCAUCAUAUUUUUCAGUCAGACCUGCUUUCUCCACCCUAUGGAAAGACAACCUGUCUGUAAAAAACAAAUGUUUGCUCUUUCCCUUGAGCAGCGUUUCACUUUGGAACUUGAACAUAAAGACCACCUGCCUUUGAAUGCCUCUAUCUACAUCUUAGUCUUAAAGCCUGUCGGUACUAUUUUGGCCAGGGGGGGAUUAACCUCCCUGCAAGGUCACUGACAGGUGGUUAUCUCAUCAAAUCAGCUCUCAAUUAACAUAAGAAAAAGGGGAUCAUGGGGGAACCAACAGGCAACGAUUAGGCAUUGUUUGCUAUAUAGAGGGCACAAGUAUCUAUAAGUAUUGCAGUGGGUCUUUAAUGUAGGCAUGUAAAAUACAAUAAUUACAUAAAUGCAUUCUUUGAAUUUGCCCUAAGGCCCUACAUGUACACAUGUAUAUUCCACUCAGUUUUGAGCAAGGGUAAAUAAAGUCCAGCUGAGGGUGAGAAACCUGCUCGUUGAUCAUGCCAUUAGGGCCGUAAUUAGGACCAAUACUGAAUAGGCCAUUUUCGUAAUAUAACCAAAUUUAUACUGAAGUGCACCAAAACUAAUUAUUUCAUUCGCCUGUUACAAAUAAUUGCAUUUCAGUAGUCAGAAUGCAAAUUGCUUACAUUAGUUGUUGCUAGGUAGGACAAAAAUGAUGGCUUGCCGUACCUAACAACACGUAAUACAUGUACAGUAUAUGCAAUUUGCUUUCUGACUUUUGAAUACAAUUAUCAAUAACAGGUGAAUGACAUAAUUUGUAUAUAGGCGCUUUACAAAGGCAUAUAUGCAUAGAUUUGGUUACAUCACUAAAGUGACCUAUUGUAAAUAAAUUAAUGUAGGAAGUAGGCAUGUCGGCCCUUGCCUUGUAUAUUUUUACCAGCUUUGUACCAAAGAUAAUAUUUGAUAAAAGAAAUACUAUGUAAUUGUAUCAUUCACAACUCAUGUUCUAAACUUUAUUCCAAGCUUAUGCAAUAAUUUUCUAUAUUUCCCUGGCUUAAACAGUGCCAAAAGUAUUUGCAAGAACAGGAUACAGUAUGUCACUGUCACUAUGAUUUGUGUUUUGUUUGUAUGUUACAUGUAUUCGUGCAGCUGUUCACCUCAUAUUCCUUUAACUGACACAUAUACAUGUACAUUUUUGUACUUUUAUAAUUGUGGAAAAAUAAAUGAUGCUAUGAACUUAAAAAAUAUAAAAGAAUAAGCUUAAAUCAUGUUAUAGUGUAUGUACACAUGUACUAAUGUGAGU